AGAAGCUGUGUCCCCUUCGUGCCUCCAUUGAUGUGCUAGAAGGGGAAUAUUUUUUCCUUUGUUAUCUUAAAUCAGUGCAAGAACACUUUCAGAAGGAAGCAUACACAAUAAAUUGGUAUAAAGAAAAUGCUGGAAAGCAGCAACUGAUAAAGGAAAACCACAGAAUUGUUUCCCAAAUGAAUUUUCUGGAGUUUUGGCCCGCUGAACUCGGUGACUCUGGGAAUUACUCUGUCACUCACAGCGAUGGAAACCAAAAUUUCACAAAACAAAAGUGGACCUUGAAUGUACUUGAAAGAAAUAAAAGCAGCUGUUUUAACAAAAAUCAUUUAACUACAGAAAUUGGACAUGCUGGAACUGGUCAUUCACUGAAAUGCAGUGAUUUGUCUGUCAAUGAAAAUGACAGCAUAACAUGGUACAAGGACUGUAAGAACUAUGAAAAUGAAACAGGGAGGGAACUGGAUUUUAAAACCUUGACAGUGCAGCACUCUGGGAUAUAUACCUGUAAAAUUUUAAUCAGUCAUGAAGGAAAGAUAUAUUACAGCACAAAUACAAUUAAGCUGGUAGUAGAAGAUGCACCAGAGGCUGUAACUUUGGAGAUAGUUGGACGCAAUGAAGAAACUGAAACAGAAAUAGGAAAAGAGGAGAUACUCAAUUGCACAGGUUACUUGGGUUAUUAUAUGGAAGAAGACGCCAGCCUCUACUGGUUAAUUAAUCAAACAUUUCCAGAAAAAUGCACAGAUAUCCCUGAGGAUGAACCCUCCAUAUGUGAAGAAGAGUUCAAAAAAUUGCAGUUGGGAAACAAGUUCUAUGUCACAAGGCUACUACGGAUAAAAAAAGUAACAGAUGAGGACAUGCACCAUAAUUUCACCUGCGUGUUGCAAACUGAUGAAAGAACACAAAUAAAAAUAGUGAAACUGAAGAAAGGGAACACCCGAGAUCUGCCUAUGCACAUGUUUACAAUAGGAAUGGUCCUUGCUAUAUUAUUUUCAUGUGUUGCUGUAGCUGCAGUGUUUGUCUGUGUGAUGUUUAGAGUCGACUUAGUUCUAUUCUACAGGAACAUAAGCAGAAGAGAUGACACUGAUGAUGAUGGAAAGGUAUAUGAUGCAUUUGUGUCUUACCUGAAAGAUUGCAUUUCACCUACUGAAGAAGAGAGAGAAUUUGCUUUGAAGAUAUUACCCAUGAUAUUAGAAGAAAACUUUGGGUACAAGUUGUGUAUAUUUGAGAGGGAUAUAUCCCCUGGAGGAGCAAUUGUUGAUGAUAUCCAUUCAUUCAUUGACAAAAGCCGAAGAUUAAUCAUUAUACUGAGCCAGAACUACGUUUCUGACAGAGCCAUAUACGAACUUGAGAGCGGACUUCAUAAAGCCCUAGUUGAAAGAAAAACUAAGAUCAUAUUAAUUGAAUAUAUGCCUAUAAGUGACUACAAUUUCUUGCCAGAAUCAUUAUCUCUCUUACCAUCAAAGAGGGUUGUGAAGUGGGAAAAGGAUAAAUCCCUUCCUGUGAAUUCCAGAUUUUGGAAGAACCUUCGGUACUUGAUGCCAGCGAAACCUACCAAGAUAGACUCCAAAGGGCACUAUAAUAAUCUUGCCCUAGGCUUAGAUGAGGCUCAACCAUGGACUGAGGGCUGUGACUUUAAUGCAGUUGUAUAA